AUGUUCCUUGCUUUGUCUCCUCGUGGUCCAAUACUGAAUUUUCUUACUCACCGUUCAACAGACUACCACCGUGUCCAACUCGCCGUGCUCUCCGUCCUCACCGUUCUAGCCCAAUUCCAUUUUAUGCGCGCUUCUUCCAAAACAUACUACCCCAUUGUCAUUGUUUCUAAGCAAACUGACCAAAUUGUCUCCCUCGGCUGUGUCUUCAUUGAGCCCAAAUUCCUCCGCGGGCUAGGCAACGUCGGGCACAUCGAAGAUACCGCAGUUCAUAAGCGCCAGCAGGGUAAAAAGUUGGAGUUGAGGAUCAUUCAGAUGUUGACUGGAAUUAGCGCGAACAGUGGAUGUUACAACGAUUUUGAAUUGCAAUAACGAGAAUAUACCUUUCUAUGAGAAAUGUGGGUUCCAGAAGAAAGAGAACGAGACUUCAAGAGAUAAGAGAAAGCUACGAGUAGUGUGUGAUUCUUCAUGGGUGGUCUGCGCACAAGCGAUUAACAAAUCAAUGUCAUUUACGCAUCGAAGAUAAAGGUCCAGAGCGCUUCCUCGACCUUAAAAUCGUGGUGAAUUAUGUUUACCAGAAAACGCUCGUUAUGCACGUUCUCAAGUAACUUGCGUUCGGGUGAGUCUGGGCGAUAGAACGAGGCCCAAUCUAACCAAAUUGAGAAUGCUUCCUCUUUCCAAGCCAAGAACGACUGG